GAAUAACAUGAACGUCAUUGGUCUGUUUCACAUGUCUGCUGAUGUACCCGGUGUAAAUGUUCGAUAAUCUAACUAAAUACAUCGGUCAGCCGCGCUAGGUUCGUUUUCGUAUCUGUUUUAUAUCGCUUUUGUUUGUUCAUUUGUGUUAUUAUAUCCUUGGACUCUUCUUUCACACCGUUGAACUCUUACCAAAAGGAAGAAAAGGCUCGUCUUGUUGGCUAGCAAGACGAGGUACCGUGGUAACAGACGGUAACAAGAGCUAGAGUCCAGUCUUUUUUCUACUCAAACGUAAGAAUGGGAGAGGGAAUAAAUGAACAUACGGGCAGCGGAUCUGUUAACACCAACAGUAAUGAGAACAACGGAGAAACUGCUGACGGGGGAGCAAAAUAUUACACAUUAGAGGAGGUCCGAAUGCAUAAUAUGAGCAAUGACACGUGGCUAAUCAUCCAUAAUAAGAUAUACGACAUUACAAGUUUUCUAGAGGAGCAUCCAGGAGGGGAGGAGGUUUUGCUGGAGCAGGGGGGAUCAGAUGCCACAGAGAGCUUUGAAGAUGUCGGCCAUUCUACAGAUGCCAGGGAGAUGCUCCAGCAGUACUACAUUGGAGAGCUUCACAUGGAGGACAGGAAGAAGGAGAACACAAAGGUAGCAGACGCCAAAGAUUCUGGAGAAUCCAGCAUCUCCUGGGCCAUGUGGUUGAUACCCACCGUAGCUGCAGCUGUUGUUGGUGUCCUGUAUCGUUUCUUCAUGUUUGAACACAAGUCUUCUUGAGAGCUUUAUUUCAAUCUUCUUAUCUGGAGGCCUUGCUUUUUUCUUUCUUUUUAUUUUUUGACCAAACCCACUUCAUGCUGAAAAAAAAACAUAACUGUUUGCAUCUUCUGCUACAAGAGAGAAGGAACCACUUCAUAAAUAUUUGUCCUUGUUUUGCUACAUAGUGUGCAUGAAACACAAAGUCAAAAAAAAAAUAUAUAUAUAUAUAUAUAUGCCUUAUGCUUUUUAUGUAAUAAUGGCGUUUUUCAUAAAUAAAUGAAAAUGUGGCCCACAAGCUAAACUUUGAAAUUUAUACCAACUAAUUUAGCAGUCAAGUGAAAGAUUUGUUUUACAUGUCCACAGCAAGAGACAACAUGACCAGCAUUACAGUGUGAAGAUAGACAGCUUGACAUAAAGCAAAUAAAAAGCAGACACACCUUCAUUUUAUUCUGGAUAACUACCAUAUUUACCCAUUCAGUGAGAAAUGUUACAGAAUUUCAUUUACAAGGAUGUAAUUUUUCCUCAAUGUACAGUUAUGCUGUCUAAGCCAUGUCUGAUUGCAUCUGCCACUUUUCUCGCAAAUACAAUCUGUCCAAUAUAUAUAUGUUAGGUGUUAAAUUUUAUUUGUUGCAUUUUUUAAUCAUGGUGAAGUAUGCUAUGUGAUUAUUUAAGACAGAAUGUGCUUUCCCUAGUCUUGUUAUAUAAAAUCAUUAAGUAGUAAUAUUGUUUUAGUGCCCUUCAUUCAAUCCUUUUUCUAAAAUGGGUUACAGAUAAAAAUUUAGUAAAGAUAAAAUAGUUCACCAUUAAGUUUAGCUUGUUUUAUGUAUUGUUUGAAAACUGGGGAACUUGCUCCUAACAUUUGAACCAUAAAUGUGGGUCUUGUAGCCGACAGUUGUUUACCAUAGAUCAUCAUAAUCAUCUGUUUUCAGGUCAUACGUUCUGCAUAGCGUUUAGUUCAAGAUGUCUUGAAUUUUUUCUUUAUUCACAAAAAGUUCUUUAAGGAUUGUGGUACUACAUUUUAGCCUUUCAUUAAACAUCAGUAGUAACAUUUAUCUUCAAUUCAUACUUGAAUUUAUCCAAUGAACAUUUGCUAAGAUAAGAGGUACAUUUUUGUCAUUUUGUGCUCUUUGUUAUUACUGAACAUCUGUUUGAACUGAGUAGAAACUUAAUUAUUACAUUCAAAUUUGUAAACAAACAAAUGUAUGCAGAAAUGGUAUGAUGUGAUUAAAGACAUUUUAAUAAAAGG